AUGGAAAACGAUCAAAAUUCACGUCUGAACGAUGAUUUUCUUUUGGCUGCAUACUGCAAUAGUGUCGGUAGUAGUCAUGGCCAGAUGGGUGAUCAUGCAGGAGCUCUUCCGUAUUUCUUAAAAGCUCUUGAGAUUCAACAGCGUAUACUUCCUGAAAACGAUGUUAAUAUAGCUGUGUCCUGCAAUAACGUUGGCGCGGUAUAUAAUAAUUUAGGCGACUCUUCGAAAGCACGUUCAUUUAUCGAAUGCGCUAUAAACAUCGGACAGCAAUCUUUACCAGAAAAUGAUCAUGAACUUCAGAAAUGGAAAAGAAAUCUUGACAAGAUUGACAAACCUUAA